UGUAUUCAGAGGGAAUUGAAACGGUAAAUCGUACUCGGAAAGUUACGGAUCGAAGCGCAUCCACUAUUAUAUUGCAACGAAUGCGACCUCUUCGUUGCCGCUUUUUACGUGACUGUCGGUUUUUUUCUAGAGUGGAAGGCUAAAUUUCAAGGUGGAAGGAUGUUUAAGCGGCUGUCGAAGUCGAGGCGCCACAGCGCGGACGACGUGGCCCUUUCGUUGUCGAGCCCGACGACCCUGGACGAACCGCCGGGGACGUCGAUGCCGCGGGACAACUGUCAGAGCAUCAGUCCGGCCGCCCUGCUGAGGGUUUCGAGGACGAAGUACACGAGGAGGAGCUGCGGGGACGCGAGCGCCAUGCAGGCGUUGCUCGCCACCAAGCAGGAACAGGAGCAGGACGUCGCCGAGGCCGAUUAUCAAAUGGUCACGGCCGUUCCUGCCUUCAUCGUCGAGCACGAGCCCGAGAAACAGCGUGGUAGGUACAUCGCCGUGUAAUAAGCGGACUGCGGAUAUUUAUGCAAAUUUGGAUCUCGCGCGAGUUGGAUAGAGGAGAAGACGAUCCUAGAAAAUUGUGGUAAAUUGUCUUAGUUCUUCGACAUCGAAGUUUGGAUAAAAGAUUAUCUAAAAUUUAUGCAAGAUAUUAAAAUAUUUGUAUAAUAUUUUAUUUUGCAUACGUUGAUUCGUAUUUCUGUAAAUUGGACAGUGAAAGUAAAGUCUAAAUAGAAAGUUGUUUCAUUCAAUAUUACAGAAUAAGAUAAUCGUACCAUGGAAUGAAACUAAUGGAUAAAAUAUUAAAUGUUGCGUCAAAUUUAUGUAAUGUAAUUAAAAUUU